AUGCUGAUUCGGAGUCAGUUUGGAAAAAGCACAUCGGUGAGGAGAUCUGCACCAGUACGACAAACCUCAAUGUUGAUGGCGUCAUGCCCAAAGCAGCAGGAUGCAGUUUUGCUAGACUUCAUGAACGAGCGGAGGGAGGAGAUACUUGGCAAAAGAAAAGACAAGCAGUUCAUUUGGCAGACCUGCACCGGGCCACGACGAAUUGAGGAGUGCCGCAUAUUUCACUGUCGCCGCGGCGACGUCGAUCGCGAAGUUUCCUUAGAUGGGCCAGAAGCCGUGGAAGGCAAGACCAGAAUUUGCUGCGUCAUCAAGGUUGGUGACGAGCUGAAUGGUCAUCCCGGUUUGCUGCAUGGAGGCUUCUCGGCAGCUAUCAUCGACGAUUUCACCGGGUUGGCCACCUGGAUCGAGAAAGACGCCCAGGAUUUGGGCAAGGACGUGAAGAUCUUUACAGCCCAUCUUGACCUCAGCUACCGGCGUCCUUUGAGAUCAAACUCGGAGUACUUGGUGGAGGUAUGCGUGGAUCGUCUCGAGCGAGGGAAGAAAGUAUUCCUAAACGCUGCUAUCUAUGACGACUCUGACCAUGCGUGCGUCAAAGGGCGCGCGCUGUACAUUAUCAAAGCCUGA